AUGCGCGAACACGACCCAAUCGUAUCCCACGGCCGCGGCGGCCAAGGCAACAUCGGCGCCGACUCAACCGAGUACGUCGACGCCGCGAUCGUCCGUGAAGGCGUCUACGGCGACCAGGGCGACGGCGCGUACUCUGCUGGCCGCGGCGGCGCAGGCAACAUAGGCUCGCCGCACGUGCGCCCAACCUCGAAGGUCCCGCACGAUGCGGAAGUGAUUCCGGAGGUUGCGAUUCGGCAGUCCAUGGAUGGCGAUUAUCAUACUGGGAGAGGAGGACAAGGGAACGUGCAUCUUGAUGAGGAGCAUCGCAAGGAGAAGGAGAAGAAGCAUCAGCAUCGGCAUGAUCAGUAUGAGGGGUUGGCGGAUAAGUUGAAGUAUAAGAUUUUUGGGGGGCGGAAGUGA